AAGUUAUUAAAGAAGGUCGUCUUUUUCUCGAACUAGUCGAUAAGUGCCCUGAUGCACAGCUUGCAACCGCACUCAUCGCAGCUGGAGCGAGACUAGUUGGUGCAGGCACAUCCGCAAAAGAGAAUGUUGCAAACAAUGUGGUGGACCUAUCCUCUGUAUUGCUCACAGUCAAGGGCCUUUCCUUUAUCAAUCCAAGGGGCAAGUUCGACUUGACAUUUUGCAGCGAUGCGUUGUGCCUCGGCAAUGCAAAAGCGAACAUUGUUGUGCCGACAAGUGUGAUCACGCAUAUUGCGAUCCUGGACCAGAUCCCGGGUGACACCAAGAAGCGCUGCCUGCUCUUCAUCGUCCUGAACAAGGCUGGCCCCCCCGUCAUGCACGGCAAGCAGCGGCUGGAGGCGAUCAUCGUCCAGACCCUGGAGAGUGACAGCACCAGCGUCACCUCCGCCCCCUCUGGUGAGGUGCUGGAGGGACCCAUGGCGGCGGUGCUGUGCCAGGCGCUGGGACUCAGCAUGCCCGCCUUCACCAACUUCAUAGCACCCGACAGCGACCUCUUCAAAUCAGCCAAGGGCCACAACGCCGUCCCUGCGGUGGUCAAGGUCAGCCCCGGGCUGCUGUUCCCGCUGCCCGGUGCGCUGCUGUUCGCGGAGCGGCCCGCGCUCUUCCUGCCGCACUGCGACGUGCUGGCGGCGGAGGUGCGGCGGCCGCAGUCGGCCACCUUUGACCUGGUGCUGCACGUUCGCAGCCGCAGCGGGGAAGGCAGCGAGACGCUGCAGCAGGUGGAGUUCAGCCAGGUGGACCGAGGGGAGCUGGCCCGCCUGCAGAGCUACUUCGCGGCAAGCAAGAUCAAGCCGUACGACCCAGCUGCGCCGCCGCGUCUGGGUGCAGGCCCCGCUGCGCCCGCAGGGGGAGCAGCAGCAGGGGCAGCGGGCAGGUCAGCAGCGGGUGCGGUGGAGGAGGGUGCUGAUGACGAUGAGGAGGAGGAAGACGAGGAUGAGGAUGACGAGGACUUUGACCCCACAGCUCUGGAGCGGCGGGAGGCGGGGCCGCGUCCCGCCAAGCGGAUGCGCACGGGGCCGUCCGGGUCGGUGGCUGGUUCCAACUUGUUGAGCGCUGGCGGCGGCAGGAGGGGCGCGGCGGGCGUGCAGGAGGACGAGGAGGAGGUGGCGGGCGCAGCAGGUGGUGAGGGCGGGGAUGAGGAGGAGGAGGAGGCGGAGGGUGGUUCCGAACAGGAGGAGGAGGAGGAUGACUCGGAUGACUCGGAGGAUGAGGAUUCGUACGAUGAGGAGGAGGAGCUGGCGGAUCUGACGGACGAGGACGACGUACGGGCUGAUGACGUACGGCAACGCGCGCGGCGUGGCGGUGGUGGCGGUGGGGGUAGCGGCGGGGGAGCUGGGCCGUCCCGGAGAGGCGGUAUGGUCAGCGAGGAGGAGGAGGAGGAUGACCUUGAUAUGGAGGACGAUUAAAAUGGUGGUGGUGGCUUGGUGCUUGACCAUCAGGACCGUGGGCAUCGUGCAUGCUUGCCUUGUUGAAAGGGGCAUCUACUGGGAGCUUAGCUGCGUGCGGUUGGUGCGGGCGUGUGUGGCAUGAGGACAGUCGCUGGAUGGUUUUUGGUCGGGUAGCUACCGUCUGUGAUGAGUAAGAUGGCGGACGAUGUCGAACCACGUGCGCUGUUAGGAGGCCCCUGGUAUCGGUGCUGUCGCCUUGCAGAGUUUGACUUUGAGUGUUUCCAUUGGAUAUACUUCGAAGACAGGGGCCCGAGCACCGGCGCCGCACCAGCGCAUGUACGGAAGUGUGUAUGUACGGCGCUAGUGUACUGGCGUGACUACUGCACACAAUGCGCCGUCGACUUUAUGAAUAUGCCAUUGGUAUAUUAACUAACGGCCUUUGCUCUUACACCCGUAAUCAAAAUGGGAAAGCCAAAGAAAACGCGGAACCCUGGCGUAGGUGUAGACUUCAAGCGCGUCAAGCACAAAGUUGGUAAAAAGCUUCCCAAAGCACGCAAUGAAACGGAUACUGAUUUCACGUCGCGGAGCAUUAACUUGCCUAGCCAAGCAGUUCGCGAGGACCGCAGUGGCAUUGCUGUAAACUAUCAGAACCUUACUCUAAAGGAACUGCUAAACCAGACGUCACACCACAAUGACAAGGCGCGUAAACAUUCGCUUGUCGGCUUGGCGGACCUUUUCGGGCGUCAUCCGGAGCAGCUACGGCUCCAUGCUGCUCAGGUGCUUGCUACCCUGGCUGAGCGUGUAGUGGAUGGCGACAGCGCGGUGCGGGCAGCGCUGCGCUCGCUGCUGCAUGAGAGUGUGCUGCCGCUGCUGGGGCCGGACGCGCUCCGCCCCUUCAUGCCGGUCGUCAUGGCGCAUGUGUGCGGUGCCAUGACGCACCUGAGUCUGGAUGUGCGCAACGACGCGCUGCUCUUCUUGGACGUGAUGAUGGACCACGCCCCCCGUCUGGUCGUCGACGGCUUCCUGCCGCCCUGCCUCGCGCACUUCUGCGACCUGUUCUCCGCAGCACACCGCGGCCGCAGCAUCCGCGCGCAGUCGCUGGCGGCUCUCACCAAGCUCCUCACCUCACUCACCAGCUUCCUGCGCCGAGCCUUUCCGGAGGAUGCCGCAGCCGCCGGCGCAGCAGCAGCAGCAGUAACAUCGGAGGGCCAUGAUGCGAUGGAAGCAGCCGGCGCCGGCGCGGGUCCCGGUCCCAGCAGCAUCCGGCAGCAGCAGCUGCAGCACGCAGCAGCGGCCUCCCUGGCAGCGCGCCACGGCUCGGCGUUGGGUGCGGAUCGCAUGCGGCGGCCGCUUCGUACGGCAGGUGAGCUGCUGGCGUCGCUGGAGGAGCUCUUCCGCGCCGCCGCCGCCGCCAGCCGGGCAGGCCGCAAGACACGCGGCAAGAGCCUGGGUGGCGGCGCCGACGGCAGCGGCGGCGACAGGAACAAGGGCAAGAAGGGCCGUGGCAGCGUGAGCACGUCUGAGGCGCCCACGAGCUCACACCUCCUAGGGGGUGCUGCGGCGGCGGCAGGAGGAGGAGGUAGUGCUGCGGGCGGCGCUAGCGGCGGCAAGGCAAUUGCCGCCGCGGCGGCAGCGUUGGCGGCUGUAUCCGCACCCGGAGCGGCGGCGGCAGCGGGUAUGGAUCUCUCGGCACCAUCAGGCGCAACGGCGGUGGGGGUGCUGGGCGCGCCGACCACAAUGGCAGCGGCGCUGGCGGCGGCGUCAGACGCGCGCGCCAGUGCGUUGCGUCUGGUGUCCCUGCUGAUGGAUUGCUGGCUGGAGUGCGCGCCGGGGCAGCUGGCGGUGUCGCCGGAGCUGGAGCAGGCGGCGGCGCUGGCCAUGAUUGUCAGUGCCGCCAAUACGCUCAUCCACCGGCUGCUGCUGCCGUCGACGCCGCAGCUGACGGCGGCGGCUGCCGCCGGCGGUGCGGGCUGGGCCGCGGAUGACCAGGCCGGCGGCGCGGCGGGCUCCUCCUCCGUCAUGCGUGCGCCGCCGCCGGAGCAGGUGCUGCUGCUGCAGCAGCUGCAUGACGUGGUGGCGAGACGGGUGGCGGCGACCUUCCCUGCGACGCUGCCGCCAGUGAAGCCCUCCGCCGCCGUGGCGGAGGCGCUUGUACGGCUAAACCUGCAGUCGGCGGAGCUGCUGGGGCGCUUCCUGCCCCUCGCGCAGGCGCAGCAGCAGCAGCAGCACCACGUGCAGCAGUACCAACCGGCAGCUGACGAGGCGGCUGCAGCUGCUGCCGCGCAUGGAUCGUUCACCUGGAUCUCGGCGCUCGUGUCGUACUAUGUGGGUGUGUUGGAAGGCGGCGUGCUGUUGCCGGCGGCGCCGGGGACGUUGAGUGACGCCGGGGUGCAGGGGCUGCCGUCGGGAGCCUCGGAUGCCGUACUGGCGGCGGUGUCGGCGGCGGUCCGCAGCCUGCCGUCAGCGGAGGCGGCUCAGCGGCUCAUGGCGGCGGUGGCGGAGUUUGCCGCCCGGCAGCCGCCUCGGUCGGGGGCGAGGCUGGCGUGCAUCCGCAUGCAGCACGGGCUGCUGAAGGCGGCGCUUGCGGGUCGGCUCUUCCUGGACGACGGAGCGGUGGCCAGCUGGCUGGGGCCGCUGCCCAAGCUGCUGUGGGAGGCGGGCGGCGCGGCGCCGGAGGCCUCCGCGGCCGCCCUGGGGCUGCUGCUGGAUGCGGCGCGGUUUGCAGCACCGGGCUCCUCCAUGUGCACCUUCCUGACCUCCUCUCUGCAGCCGCAGCUCGCCCCGCUCUUCGCGACUCAGCUGCCGCCCAAGGCAGCCAAGGCCGCCCUAGCCAAGUGGGCCGCCCUAGCUUCGGGUCCCGGGCGUGCUGCUCCGGCUGCUGCUGCUGCUGCCGACCCCGACGGCGGCGUGUCGGUGCUGCUGCCCGGAGUGGUGUGCCGGCUGCCGGAGCAGGUGGCGAGCCUGGCUGUGGACCUGCUGUACCACACGGGUCCCCUGGGUGCUCCGCUGCUCAAACCGCUGGCCGCCGCGCUCUCCUCUGCCGCCCUGCCGCCCUCCCUGGCGCUCCGCCUCCUCGACGUGGUGCUCGCCCGCCUGCGGGACGCGCCCGACCCCGCCCUCGCCGCCAGCUGGCUGCUCACCGUGCUGUUCGGACCCCAACACGGCCACCGGGUGCUGUCCCCGGACGGCACGGACCUCACCGCCGGCUGGGGCCGCCAGCGGGCGCUCGUGGACGCGGCGGCGAGGGGCCUGGCCG